AUGCGUCCACCGAUCACCUCGCUGUUGGUAGUUAUCGCCUCGUUGCUGCAUAUGACAACGUCUCUAACGACGCAGUCGAAAUCGAGUGCAUUGCGCCAAACGGUGACGAGGAAGACGUCUCGAUCGGCGACUCUCGUUUCAUCAACGACGAAAUCAACUAGAUCUAGGAGGCCUACCAGAUCUACCAGCACAUUCCGCUCCUCGACCUCGUUAUCAUCUUCGAAAGCAACUCCUACCAUCACCACAAGCACUACGAGUAUUGGGCAGUCCUCUACCAGUAGCAGUCGCUUGUCAUCUGGCUCCUCUUCCCCCCAACAAUCAGCAGUUACCGUCAAGAAUACCGGCAAACGAGGUCUUCCCUACAACAACGACACCUUGACUGGCUCAUUCUCACUAGAUGGGCAGGAAAGCCAUGUCAGCUGGGGCUACAACUGGUUUCACACUCGCCGACCCACAGCACCAGAUUACGAAACCAACAAAGCUUUGACAUUUGUGCCUACUCUGUUCAAUGAUGAGCCAAAUCUCAUGGUCGAGUGGCCCAGCAAGGCUCAGGCAGCUAUUGACGACGGCGCGGACGCCAUCUUUUCUUUCAACGAGCCGGACUCUUGCUGGGAUGGAUCGGCUUGCAUGACGAUCAACCAGUCGGUAACUGCAUACAAAAGCGCCAUUAUGCCGUUCGCGGGCAAGGCACGACUGGGCGCACCCGCCGUGACGGACCAGGGAGGCUCUGGAGGAUUACAAUAUCUCGAGGACUUUAUCGGAAACUGCACUGGUUGUCCAAUAGACUUCAUCAAUCUCCACUGGUACAACAAUAUGUACGCUUACGAGUACUUCAAGACAUACAUGACAGCGGCACAUAAUCGCUUUCCCAACUACCCGAUCUACAUUACAGAAUUCGGCGACAAUAGUAACACCGGCGAUGCCCAGACACAAAUUUUCCUCCAGCAGGUCAUGCCAUGGAUGGAUGCAGUACCUUGGAUUGAAAGAUAUAGCUGGUUCGGUAACUUUCCUGGCUACUUGAUCAAUGCAAAUGGCUCGGGUCUCUCAGAUCAAGGAAGUAUUUACAACUCAUACACCAAGCCGUGCGCCAAUCCAAGUGGUACUGUCGGGAUGUGUUAG